CGUGUUCUAACUGUAUUUGACCACAGCACAGCGUCCGCUGCUUAAUUUUAAGCUUAGAUGAAUUAAAAAUUGAACUACGUGUCCCUUUAUCGAUUUGUAACAUGUUAUCGCACACAGUUACAAAUAAGGCACCAUGCUAACAGUUUUUACUCUAAUAAACUACUAAAUUUAUAUUGUCUCUAGUGAAAUUUUCCUUGUAGUUUUUAUAGUAUUUAUCAGUUAAAAUGCCUAAAACAAAAAGUGAGAUUAGGUUUAUAUUUUAUGCCAGUGCUAUAUUUAUAUGCUACUUCAUAUUUGGUAUGCUACAAGAGAAGGUGACGAGAGGAAAAUAUGGUGAAACUGACAAAUUCACAUGUGUGUUAUCUCUUGUUUUGAUUCAAUGUUUUGUAAACUAUGUCUUCGCUCAAAUAUUAAUGGUGUCCUGGAAACAUGAAAAAGAUAAUACAAGAACAGUGUACUAUUUUUCAUCGGCAUUGACAUACCUCUUAGGUAUGGUCACUUCUAACAUGGCUUUGCAAUGGAUUAACUAUCCCACUCAGGUGGUAGGAAAAGCCGCAAAACCCAUCCCUGUCAUGCUAUUAGGAGUCUUACUUGGCAAGAAGUCAUAUCCACUUAGAAAAUAUUUGUUUGUCUUCCUAAUUGUGUUUGGCAUAAUAGUAUUUAUGUUCAAAGAUCAAGGAAAAAAGACAAUGGAUCAAACACAGGGUAUUGGUGUCGGAGAAAUAUUGCUAUGCUUAUCUUUAACUAUGGAUGGACUUACUGGUGCUGUACAGGAACGGAUCAAGAGUGAAUCAUCACCAACAGCUUAUUCUAUGAUGAGAAAUACAAACCUAUGGGGUACUUUAAUUUCCAUGGCUGGUGUUAUCCUGAGCGGAGAAAUAUUUAAAUUCUUUUCUUUUGUGGGACUGUAUCCGGAAGUUAUGAUAUACAUUGGCUUAUUGGCUUUGAUGGGAGCUCUUGGACAAUUGUUCAUUUUCUUUAUGGUUUCAGAAUUCGGGCCUCUUCCGUGUUCAGUGGUGACAACCACACGUAAAUUCUUCACAGUACUGGCAUCUGUCAUUCUGUUUGGAAAUGUUCUUUUACUCCGCCAAUGGUUUGGUGCUAUAUUGGUAUUUUCUGGACUAUUUUUGGAUAUAUUCUAUAGCAAGGGAAAGGCGCAACCACCUAAGAGAAUAGCCAACAAAUGAAGUCGCCUAAAAAUCUAAUAUACUAUUUAUUUUUGGCGUCUACUUUACGUAAACUUCCAUUUUUAUAUAUACAUUUUUAAAUACAUAUCGAAAUAUUA